AUGUCGUGCCGCUCCUUCCAGCAGGGCUUCAGAUGUGGCAGCCGGGGCUUCAGCUCCUGCUCAGCCAUCCUCCCCCGGGUGGUCACCCACUAUGCAGUGAGCAAGGGGCCAUGCCAGACUGGGGGCAGUGGGAGUUUCCGUGCCCUGGGCUGCCUCGGCUCCCGGAGCCUGUGCAACGUGGGCUUCGGGCGGCCCCGGGUCGCCUCCAGGUGUGGCCUGCCUGGCUUUGGCUACCGAGCAGGUGCCACUUGUGGGUCUUCUGCCUGCAUCGCCCCUGUAACCAUCAAUGAGAGCCUGCUGGUCCCACUCGAGCUGGAGGUUGACCCAACUGUCCAGAGGGUGAAGAGGGAUGAGAAGGAGCAGAUCAAGUGUCUCAAUAACCGCUUUGCAUCCUUCAUCAACAAGGUCCGGUUCCUGGAACAGAAAAACAAGCUGCUGGAGACCAAGUGGAACUUCCUGCAGCAACAGAGGUGCUGCUCAAACAACAUCGAGCCCCUUUUCGAGGGCUACAUCUCCACCCUUCGGAGGCAGCUGGACUUCUUGACCGGGGACCGAGACCGGCUGGCAUCAGAGUUCCACUGCCUCCAAGACACGUUGGAGGGCUACAAGAAAAAAUAUGAAGAGGAGCUCUCCCUGCGGCCCAGUGCUGAAAAUGAGUUUGUUGCCUUGAAGAAGGAUGUGGACACGGCCUUCCUGAUAAAUUCUGACCUGGAGAUCAAUGUGGAAGCUCUGAUCCAUGAGAUCGACUUCCUGAAAACCCUGUAUACCGAGGAGACGAACCUGCUCCAGUCUCAGAUCUCAGAGACCUCGGUCACUGUGAAGAUGGACAAUAGCCGGGAGCUGGACACGGAUGGCAUCGUUGCCCAGAUCAAGGCCCAGUAUGAUGAAAUUGCCAACCGCAGCAAAGCCGAAGCAGAGGCCUGGUACCAGAGCCGGUAUGAUGAGCUUCAGCUGACGGCCGGGAAUCACUGUGACAACCUCCGCAACCGCAAGAACGAGAUCCUGGAAAUAAACAAGUUGAUCCAGCGGCUGCAGCAAGACAUUGAGAAUGUCAAAGCCCAGCGCUGCAAGCUGGAGGCUGCAGUGACCCAGGCGGAGCAGCAGGGCGAGGCAGCCCUCAAUGAUGCCAAGUGCAAGCUGGCUGGGCUGGAGGAGGCCCUGCAGAAGGCCAAGCAGGACAUGGCCUGCCUGCUCAAGGAGUACCAGGAGGUGAUGAACUCCAAGUUGGGCCUGGACAUCGAGAUCGCCACCUACAGGCGCCUGCUGGAGGGCGAGGAGCAGAGGCUGUGUGAAGGUGUUGGACCUGUGAAUAUCUCUGUGAGCAGCUCCAAAGGUGCCAUCCUCUACGAGCCAUGUGUGGUCAGCACACCUGUGUACUGUCCAGGGAGCACCAGUGUCCUCAAGAGCAGUGGGGGCUGCGGCAUCGUGGGCACUGGUGAAAUCUACGAGGGGCUCCUCGUCUGUGGGAGCAGGCGGAGCUCCAGUGUGAAGCUAGGGGCUGGGGGCAGCUCCUCCUGCCACAAGUGUUAG